AUGUCUGGGCACGGUGGACCCGGUUCAGAUGACACGUUUCUGUUCUCAUCAGAGUCGGUAAAGGAAGGCCAUCCAGAUAAAAUCUGUGACUGUGUGAGUGAUGCCAUUUUAGAUGCUCAUCUUGAACAGGAUCCCAACGCUAAGGUGGCAUGUGAAUGUUUUGCCAGUAAUGGCAUGAUAUUGGUAAGCGGCGAGAUUACAUCGCACGCAGUUAUUGACUAUGCCCAGAUUGUGAGAGAUGUAGUCAAAGAAGUUGGAUAUUCAUCCUCUGAAAUGGGAUUUGAUCACCUGACAUGUAACGUGAUGACCACGCUGCAGAAACAAAACCCUCAAUUUUCACAUUCCAUGAAUAAAAACCGUGAUUUGGAUCAUCUUGGCGCUGCAGACCAAGGAUUGAUGUUUGGAUAUGCCACUGACGAGACUGAGGAAUGUAUGCCUCUCACCUCACUGCUGGCACAUCGGCUGAACCGUAAAUUGCACGAUAAUUGGAAGAAUGGUACAAUGCCCUGGGUUCGUCCUGAUGGAAAGUGUCAGGUAACUGUAGAAUAUAAAAUGGACGACGGAGCUACAGUUCCAUUGCGUGUUCACAAUGUCUUGAUGUCUACUCAGCAUGCUGAGAAAGUAUCAAACGAGCAAAUUAGGCAAGAUUUAAUGGACAAAGUUGUGAAGGAAGUAAUUCCUUCCAAAUACCUCGAUGAUGAGACUGUUUAUUAUUUGAAUCCUUCUGAAAUGUUCACUCAAGGUGGAACUAGGAGUGACGCUGGUUUGACUGGAAGAAAAAUUAUCGUAGAUACUUAUGGUGGUUGGGGAGCACAUGGCGGUGGCGCGUUUUCUGGUAAAGACUGCAGCAAAGUGGACAGGUCUGGGGCAUACGCUGCACGAUGGGUUGCCAAGUCGCUGGUCAAAGCAGGUCUCUGUAGACGUUGUCUAUUCCAGAGGCCACACUUACAUUACGCCAUACGACAAAUCGAAUGGACUUAUGGUUCAGCCACGACUCUGCACUACUGUUUACCUAAUGAGAGAAAACUUGAAUCCGGAAAGCAGUUUGAAGAUUAUUUAAAUGACCCAAAAUAA